AUGGGGCAAUGUCAAUGGUGGUGGCCUAAACCCAGUCGAUAUAAUUGGGCUUUUGGGCUUUACAAACACGAUAAGGCCACGUGGCAGGUGCCCAACACUCCCAAUACUAACAACUCACUGACUCACAUCACACGUCACACUUUCGAUCUUUCCCGACAAUGGCCACGGUCACAGCGGCAACCCUCCUCACCCCCACUCCGCCGCUCAAACGUAACCACCUCCGCCGUCUUAACCGUCUCCGCCACCAGUUCUCCGCCUCCGCGACGCCAACACCAGCCACUCCCCCGCCGCGAUUUCCUUUCUCUAUCCCUCUCCUCCUCCGCGGCGGCUGUGCUGUUCUCACCGGAACCGGCGGCGGCGGCGGACGAAGAGUACGUGAAGGAUACGGAGGAGGUGAUAAGCAAGGUGAGGACAACGCUGACGAUGGAGAAGAGCGAUCCGAACGUAGCGGCGGCGGUGGCGGAGCUGAGGGAGGCGUCGAACUCGUGGGUGGCGAAGUAUCGGAAAGAGAAGGCUCUGAUCGGAAAAGCGUCGUUCCGGGACAUUUACUCGGCGUUGAACGCCGUCUCCGGUCAUUACAUCAGCUUUGGUCCGACGGCUCCGGUCCCAGCGAAGAGGAAGACUCGCAUCCUGGAGGAGAUGGACACUGCUGAGAAGGCUCUAUUGCGAGGGAGAUGAGUAUCAACAGUCUUCUUUUUUUUACUGAUUAACGUGAGGUGAGUUUCACUGUCGGUUAAUUUAAUACGAUGAUAUAUAAUCAUUGAGACAUUACAGAGAUUUCACAACAUCAAAUUAUUACCAUUAUGCC